CCCUGCCUUAUACCCCAUUACUUGGAGGUAUUGGCAACAGACAAGUCCCUGCCGGAAUGACUGCCAACAGAGUCCUGAUCCUAGGGACCCUCUCACUGGCUGUGCUGCUGAGUCCCCAAGGAGCUUCUGAGUCCAUUGAAGCUGACCAUGUGGGAACCUAUGGCACAACUAUGUACCAGUCCUAUGGACCCUCAGGCCAGUACACACAAGAAUUUGAUGAAGAUGAGAUCUUUUAUGUGGACCUGCAGAAGAAGGAGACUGUGUGGCGGCUCCCAGAGUUCAGCCAUUUUACUAGCUUUGACUCCCAGGGAGGGCUGACAAACAUAGCCACAGCCAAACACAACCUGGAUGUCAUGAUCAAAGACUCCAACGGAAGCAGGGCCAUCAGUGUGCCCCCUGAGGUGACCGUGUUCUCAGAGAGUCCUGUGGAGAUGGGCGAGCCGAACGUACUCAUCUGCUUGGUGGACAACAUCUUCCCCCCAGUCGUCAACAUCAAGUGGCUUCGUAAUGGGCAGUUGGUCACUGAAGGUGUGUCUGAGACAGACUUCUACCCCCGACCUGACCACAGAUUCCGCAAGUUCUACUACCUCACUUUUCUCCCCAACACAGAAGACUUUUAUGACUGCAAAGUGGAGCACUGGGGCCUGGAGCAGCCAGUCCUCAAGCACUGGGAACCGCAGGUUCCAUCCCCACUGCCAGAGACAGCAGAAACUGUGGUCUGUGCCCUUGGUCUGGCUGUGGGCCUGGUGGGCAUCAUUGUGGGUACCGUCCUCAUAAUCAGAGGCAUGCGUUCCAGCAGUAGGAUCCAACAUCAAGGGCCUCUGUGAAUCAACUGAUAGAAAGGGAGUGAGGAACUAGGGAGACCUAGAGGUUAACAGCUUUCUCAAUGAGGAGGAACACAAGGAAGAGGCCAGCUCCCUGUCCCUGACCUUGGUCUGGCGGAAGAUGCUGCCUUCUGUCACCUCUUUGAGCAUCUCAUCUAUCUGUUCAUCCCUCCAUUUAACUGCCUGGACUUCUGAUUGAUUCCACCUAUACCUUCUUUUUGCUGACUUCCCCUUAAUCUCAUCAUUUUAUAUAGCAGACAUCUGGUCUGAUCUCUAAUUUUCCUGUAGGCUCUCCAGGGUGACUCACAUCCAGGGCCCCUAAUAUCCUCCUCAGGUGAAUAAAUUUAGUCACCUCACUGACUCCCCUGGGUUCAACUAUCACGUCUAUGCAGAUGGUGCCCAGAUACAGAUAUCUUUCCCUAGUCUCUUGUCUCGGCUGUAUUUUCCCACGCCAUCAACUGCCCACUGAACAUUCCUAUUGGAUAUCCCAUAAUAGUUUCACCCUCAAUGUGUCCAAAAACUGAGCACAUUAUCUUUUCCUCAGUCACCUCCUUCUUUUCCUAACUGCUCUAUUUUUGUUAAGGGCACUAGCAUCUUUCCAGAUUCAUAAUCCCGAUCAUCUACUCUUUGGUUUCCCUCACUCCUCACAUUCAAUCAGUUGCCAAGUCUUGUUGAUUCUAUCUCCACAAUAACUGUUGUUUCAGUCCCCUUCUCCCCACUCACGUGGCUAUCACCCUGGUUUAGGCCUUUAUCAUCUCUAACCUGGAUGAUUGUAAUAGACUACAUAAAUCACUUCACCCUCUUUAAUCCAUCUUACACACACCUGUCAAACUUUCCUAAAGCACAGGUAUGACCAUAUCCUUGACCUCUUCAAGAAACCCUAGUAACUGCCUCCUCUAACAUAAAAUACAAACUCCUGUGGCUUUAAAAGCCCUUCACAUUUAGCCAAAGAGGUUUUUUUGCUGUUCUUCAUACAUGACAUUUAAUCUCUGAUCAGCUUUUCACAUCCAGUCUCCACGUCUCCAUUUGCAUAGGCAGUCCCCUGUGCCUAAAAUGCCUUCCUCCCUCACCUUUGUCUCAUAGAAUCCUACCUUCCUUCAUAGUUAAGUUCGUGUCCCCUCCUAAGAAAGCCUACCCUGAUACUAGCAGUUGCUGGUACCCUCCCUCCUAGAAAUUACUUUGGGUACCUUUUUGUAUUUUAUUCCCUAUGUAUAUGGUUUUCCCCAUUCCUGACCCCAUCAACCCCAAUACAAUAAGAUAUUUUAGGACAGAGUCUGUUUUGAGGUUUUUGUUUUUGUUAACUUUGUAUCCCCAGAGCCUAGCACAGUGCUUGACAUAUAAAUAAUUCUUAUAAAAUUGAGUAACUUCCUUAUUUGAUGCAGUUGCAUACAUGUAGGCUUCUGGGUCCUUUUUGGUAUGGUUGAAUGAGGUCAUUGAUUGUUUUACAGGGGCUUAGAGAAGUCUUUAAAUCUUAAAGAGUUACAAAAGUGAUUUACUGGGAGCUAGGAGAUAAGGUUUGGUAUCUAGUCUAACCUUUCCCUUGGGUGAGUCUUACCUCAGGGGGCUAUAGCAGAAUCCAUGCUCUCACAGCUUUGCUGGAACCAGUGACAUUACAGGGACCUGGGAGAAGACCACCUGCUGAUCAUCGAUGGAUUGAUAUGGCAUCUAGAAUUCUGGCAGAGAGGAAGUUGGAGAAAGGAAGGAAAGAAGAAUUUGGAUCAGAUGUGAUCAGAACUAAUAAACAUAUCUUAUCUUCCCAAUUCAAUGCAAUUUAAGCAUUUUGAAUUUGUACACAAUAAUCUCAAUAAAUUUAUGCUUAAGUUUCCAUGCAUCCGUAUUUGCCAUCAUAUCAAGUCUAAUCUGGAUGCGGUGCCUGCUCUCCUACGUCAUAAUCUUACUUCACCCUACCUAAAUCAUGGCUCCCUGAUGUACAUCUCUGUUUUAGUCAGGCUCCUCUCAAUCUCACCCAUGCCCAACUCCUUGGGCUAACUCUUGAUUGUGUAGUCCCCUUGCCUGGAGUUUCCCCUUGCUAUCUCAUUCCACUUAUCCUACCCAUCCCUCUGGGCCCAGGUACAAUUCCACUUCCUUCAUGAAGCCCUUCCUGACUGCUAGCCCCAACUAAACUUUGGAAUCCCUCAGUUUUUAAAAAAACAUAUGACAUCAUUUGACAUUUAAUUAUAUUUUGUAUUGUAUUAUUUGUUGUUCAAUCUUGGUCUUCCUAAGAGUGUAAGCCCUUUGCAGGUGAACUCAUGCUUCAGAUUUCCAUUUUCCCCAUUGUUCCUGGAAUAGAAUGGAACAUUAAUGAGGAUACUUAGACACCUAGUUGUUAUAUCGACCUGUGUACCUGCCCAAGAGUAUCCAUUGUAAACCAACAAAUAUAAAUAGAAUUUAUACCUAAAACUAGCAGGGGGAAACCUGGAUUCUGUAUACUCUGUAAUUGUUAGGCUGGAUACACUGUGUGCUUUAUAUCCUUACCACUUGCAAUAAAAUUCUUUUAAAAUUCUACUCUAUAA